CAAAAAUGGUGUCUUCGUACGAAGAUGGUAAACCUUCCACUAGCAUUACUUCAUUGAUCCAAGAGCCUAUGAAACCGAAAACGCUCACCUCUACCAAUCUGAAAUCUCUGACAAUCAUCAGUCGGACAAAUGCCGGGCUGAACUGACACGCUUUAGCCACGAUGUUUUAAUUCCUUAGGACGCAGUUUAAUUUAUAGUUUAUCAGGAUUCGAUUGGGUGUCCCAAGUCCUAACUAAUAUGUUCUAUGCUCUACCACCAGAUGUCUAGCAGUGUUUGGCAAGUCAUGAUACUAACAGAAUCCUGUGCCGCUAGUGCUAGCCCUACGGUCGUACAAUGAUGGAGAAACGGGGUGUCGUCAUCCAGCAGAUGUUUGAGGACCCCACUACCUCGUCCUCUGUAACCAAAGCCUCCAACUACCGUUCUUCCAAGUCAACAUCUAAGGCUAAACUGACAGUACCGAACACCAGAGAACACAUGACCCUUUCUUCCUCGUCGGUUUCCAUGAGUGUAACUUCGACGGAAUCGUUGAAAGUUCAAACCGUCAAGUCCACGGAAAAGAUCAGGAAGAAAUCGACCAAACCGUCACUUGUCGCGACUAGCUCUAGUAAACUUCUGCCAUCCGCUGCCCUCUCCAUGUUCGGCAACAAACUAACAGCCUACGAGCAGGAAGAGAUACGGGACUACCAGUCGGUUUACUGCCUCGGUCUGAACGCUUCCAAACUCAACAACGGACCAAUCCCGUCAAAAGAAUCGGACGUUUAUGACGACGACGACCAUUUUUAUAAAGUCGUACCACGUGACCAUAUUGCCUAUCGUUAUGAAGUCAGCGAUAAACCAUCUCUGGGAAAGGGCACUUUUGGACAGGUUAUAAAAGCUUACGAUCAUAAACUUCACAAGUACGUCGCCUUGAAGCUUGUUCGCAAUGAGAGAAUCUACUUGAAGCAGUCGAGAGAGGAGCUGAGAAUUCUCCAGACUCUGAAAAGACAAGACAUCGACAACACAUACAACAUCGUGAUUAUCAAUGAAUUUUUUAUGUUUCGCAACCACAUGGUCAUUUCUUUCGAGCUGCUGGGAAUGAAUCUGUAUCAAGUGCUGAAGCGUAACAACUACCGCGGGUUGGGCAUGUCUCGCAUUUUACCCAUCACGCGCUGUGUCUUGCGAUGCCUAGAGCUGCUCUUCAAGAACAGGAUCAUCCACUGUGACAUCAAACCGGAGAACAUCAUGCUGAAAAAAAACGGGGACUUCACAUCUGUCAAGGUCGGUGAUUUCGGGUCUAGUUGUUAUGAGCAGCAACAAAUUUACCAUUACAUCCAGUCUCGGUACUACAGAGCGCCUGAGGUGAUCCUUGGGAUGCGUUAUGGGCCCGCCAUUGAUAUGUGGAGUUUGGGAUGUGUUCUAGGCGAACUGUCGACAGGGCUUCCAAUUUUUGUGGGUGCGGAUGAGGACGAUCAACUGGCAGCAAUAGAAGAAAUGCUUGGCGAGGUCCCUCAGGUACUGCUGAACAAAGCUCGACCGAAGCCAAGAAGCGGGAAACGCAAAAAGAACAGAGGCUUGCCCGGCACAAAGAACAUCAACACAGUAUUAAUUGGUGAUGACCUCUUCAAAGAUUUUGUUAAGCAGCUGCUAGAAUGGGACCCAAUCAUGCGUCCAACCCCUUUAGAAAUGAAUGAUCACCCGUGGAUGAACAAAGCUGUGUCUGCUGGAUCUUCACUAUUUUCUGGCUUCAAGAAAGGGGGCCACACAUAAAACAUUCAAAUGUAGAUAGUAGUUUUAUACGGUUGGAUCUUUACUAUUUUCUGGCUUCAAGAGAGGGGGCCACACAUAAAACAUUCAAAUGUAGAUAGUAGUUUUAUACGGUUGGAUCUUUACUAUUUUCUGGCUUCAAGAGAGGGGGCCACACAUAAAACAUUCAAAUGUAGAUAGUAGUUUUAUACGGUUGGAUCUUUACUAUUUUCUGGCUUCAAGAGAGGGGCCUCACAUAAAACAUUCAAAUGUAGACAGUAGUCUGAGUUUUUAUACUGCUGGUUCUUCACUAUUUUCUGGCUUCAAGAGAGAGGGCCACACAUAAAACAUUCAAAUGUAGACAGUAGUCUGAGGUUUUACACAGUAUAGAAAAUGUAUAAUAGGAUAAGAAUUACUUAAAAUUUCAAUUUGAAAUUAUGAGCUAACAAACAAUAAGUGUAUGAUAAAACAAUGAUUGCAAGAAUAGUCAAUCUACAGAUAACAUAUAUUUUUUAAUUGAUUUAUGUUCUGAAAGUUUGAUUUACAAUUUAUUAUAUUGUGGAUAUUUUAAAAAAUUAUUUACAAAAUUCCGGUUUUAAUCCAUUUUAUUCUACCUGGUGUCUGUCCAGAUUUUUAUUACAGAUGUUUUAGUUUUCUUUAUCAAAGAAAAAUGUUAUUAGGAAGAUUUUUAAUGUUUACUGAUUUUCCAAUCUUCAUCAUGAAAUAGACAAAUUACACUAACUAUUACAUAACAUAUAAAUGAAUUAGGUGGACAAAGACUUAAUUCUGAAAUGUUCACUUAUAGGAUAAGUAUAAUAAAAAAAAGUUCUAAAAUGGGUGAAAUGAAAAGAAAGUUUUGUUUUGUUAAGUGAAAUUGUUUUGUUGAACAUGAUCAAAGGAUACUAUGGCUAUGGUGAGAAAUAAAAAAUGUUUUGUCAAGAACCUACAUAAAUUAAAACUUGCAUGCUCAUAAUGAUUGAUUAAGUUACCUGUGAGAUAAAUCAGGACAGGCAAAAGAAUGAUUUUUUUUUUAAGGUUGGGGGAGUGGGGGUGAGUAAAAAUAAGUUACUAAUUGAAUAAAUUUUGACAGAUACUAUAUAACUUUAAAAGGAAUAGGCUACACAACAUUUCAUUAUUCUUUAUUUCAUGUUGUUUUUUGUACAAUAUUUUAUUUUUAAGCAUUUUUUUUUUCAAAUAAAUAACUUACACCAUUCAGUUGUAAAGAUUGGUUUUUAUAUUAUUACAUGAAAUAAGGGACUUCACUAUUGAUUGAUAUUAACAUGUUGUAGUAACUGUCUUUCAUAUCUGAUUGCAUGCACUCAAUGAACGUCUGUAGUAUAUAUAUUUGUAAAAAUAAAUUUAAACAAGCUGACAGUAAAGAAGAGGAAGGUUGUGAAGCUUUUGAAGCCAUUCAUUCAAUUACUAAUGACUUUUAAAAAAAAUUAAAUAUUUAAAAAUGUAAUAAAUAUAUUUUUAUAAUUUCCAUGAGCAAUGUUUUUACCAUAGUAUUUUUCAUUGAUAACAAUGUCAUAAUUAUACUUCUCAUUUAGCUACAUUUAAAACAUGACUAAUGACAGGUCUGAUAAAUGAUUUUUAACAGGUGUUUUUUCCCCAGAUAACCUGAGUGCUAGUAAGCUUUUUCAGAAUAACUCUGUUUUAAUAAGUAUAGCUCAAAUUAAAGAUGUUGUAAAUAGACAUGGUGUAAAGUUUACAUUUUCUAGUCUGUUGUUACAUGAGAUAAAAAUAGCCUGUGGGUUAUCAGUCUUAAAGAUAAAAAUGACUUGUUUUAAGUUAAACAUUUUUUU